GGUAGGGUUUCAUUGUUGGGGAGCUGGGUAUGGGUGUGAAAGGACCCUUCUGGACUAAACUCUUGGAGUCGGGACCAUGUGACAGGGGCGGAUGUGAGAGUGGAGAGGUGAGGGAAGGAAUGGUGGCCUUGCAGAGCCUGGGCAGGCCGCGCCUGCUGGAGAGCAAGCCUCACCACCACCUGUAGCUUUUCUCCUCCAGACAGGGCUCUGCCCAUCCAGAACUUCCCGUCCUUUGGGACCCGUAAGUCCUUCUUUCUUCAGGUCCGGCUUCCUUCCAGGCAAGCAGAGAACCUCUGAAGCACUAUCCUGCACAGUUGUGUUUUUUUUUUUCCUGCCUCUGCUCAAAUUCUCUUUGUCUCCGUUUUCUGAGCUGUCCUUCCAUAUUCUAGUUCUUGGUGACAUUCUCUAAAUGAGCCCCUACUGGUUCCUAGUAGCCACUUCCUUAACUUUGCAGAUAGUCACCAACCUUGUAUUUGGGAAUGAUUUUCCAGAAUUUAAGUCCCUGAUGGAGGAAGGCCCCAGUCCCAGGACCUCCUCCUUGCCCCACAGCUCCCCACCCAAAGCCAAGCGUGCCCUUUCUUCAUUGUCCCCAACUGCUGGUCACCCAAGACACUGUGUGAGUGUUUCCAGUGACAGGGAGCACCACUUAAGGUUGUUGCUGCAUGUCUAAAAGUGUAACUUUGUGGCAUAUGUCUGUCUUCCUCACCAGACUGUAGGGUGUGUCACUGAUCCCAGGCUACAAAAAUGCCUGAGACUAUCAUUUUAACCCUGGGAAGGGGGGGAAUUGGGAAAGAAAAAGUCAGAAUCUUAGCAGGCUUAGGCAGUGUCAAAAAGUCUAACUCUUGGCUGGUGGAGAUUUGCAGUAGUGGUGAUUUUAGCUUGUGGGGGAAGGGCAAAUGGGAAAGGAAUUAAAAUCAGAUUGUCCUGGGGGAAGGGGAAUUGGCUGUUACAUUUUUAUGCUUAUUAAAAGGGGGCAUGAGAUGCUUCAUAAAAAAAAAAGAAAAGGAAAGAAAGAAAUUGAGCAAUACUCUUGUUUGUGCCGUUUCAGUGAACCAGCUGUUUUUUUUGCUAGGUCAUCACCAGUAGACAGUUCCUGUGUAAUCAUGACGGGAGGUGCAGGCUGGGCUCUAGCAAAUCUGCAGUUUACCGUUUCUCCACUAAAACGCCCCAGCAAUGCCAAGUCACUGCCAUGUGGCCAAAUUACACCGAGCGCCUGCCAUGUGUCAAGCUCUGUGCUGUGACAAGAUGCAGUGCCACCUCCAGGGAGCCCUCAGUAUUUCUCCGUGGACAAUGGCAGCUACGAUUCAGGCCAUGGAGAGGAAGAUUGAAUCGCAGGCUGCCCGCUUGCUGUCUCUAGAAGGUCGAACCGGGAUGGCGGAGAAGAAGCUGGCCGACUGCGAGAAGACGGCCGUGGAGUUCGGGAACCAGCUGGAGGGCAAGUGGGCCGUGCUGGGGACCCUGCUGCAGGAGUACGGGCUGCUGCAGAGGCGGCUGGAGAACGUGGAGAACCUGCUGCGCAACAGGAACUUCUGGAUCCUGCGGCUGCCCCCGGGCAGCAAGGGGGAGGUCCCCAAGGUGCCCGUGACCUUUGAUGAUGUGGCCGUGUAUUUCUCCGAGCAGGAGUGGGGCAAGCUGGAGGACUGGCAGAAGGAGCUCUAUAAGCACGUGAUGAGGGGCAACUACGAGACGCUGGUCUCCCUGGACUAUGCCAUCUCCAAGCCCGAGGUCCUCUCCCAGAUUGAACAAGGGAAGGAGCCGUGCAACUGGCGUCGCGCUGGCCCCAAGAUCCCAGAUGUUCCCGUGGACCCAAGUCCAGGCUCGGGGGCCCCGGUCCCUGCCCCUGACCUCUUAAUGCAGAUCAAGCAGGAGAGUGAGCUCCAGCUGCAGGAGCAGCAGGGGCUGGGCGUGGAGGCAUGGGCAGCCGGGCAGCCAGAUAUCGGGGAAGAGCCCUGGGGCCUCAGCCAGCUGGACUCCGGAGCAGGAGACAUCUCCACGGACACUACUUCUGGCGUCCAUUCCAACUUCUCCACCACCAUCCCACCCACCUCCUGGCAGGCGGACCUCCCUCCCCACCAUCCUUCGUCAGCAUGCUCCGACGGGACCCUGAAGCUCAACACCGCAGCCUCCACAGAAGCAGAUGUAAAAAUUGUGAUAAAAACAGAAGUCCAGGAAGAGGAGGUGGUGGCCACACCCGUGCAUCCUACUGACCUAGAGGCUCACGGGACUCUGUUUGGACCAGGCCAGGCCACUCGGUUUUUCCCUAGUCCUGUCCAGGAAGGCGCCUGGGAGAGCCAGGGCGGUUCCUUCCCCAGCCAGGACCCUGUGCUGGGGCUGCGAGAGCCUGCCCGGCCCGAGAGGGACAUGGGGGAGCUCAGCCCUGCUGUGGCCCAGGAGGAGACCCCUCCCGGGGAGUGGCUCUUCGGUGGGGUCCGGUGGGGCUGGAAUUUUCGGUGUAAACCGCCAGUGGGCCUGAACCCAAGGACUGGGCCUGAGGGGCUCCCUUACCCCUCCCCAGACAACGGCGAGGCUGUCCUGGACCCCAGCCAGGCCGCAAGGCCCUUCAAUGAUCCCUGUAAAUACCCUGGCCGGACCAAAGGCUUCGGCCACAAGCCGGGGCUGAAGAAGCACCCGGCCGCGCCCUCGGGGGGCCGGCCCUUCACCUGCGCCACGUGCGGGAAGAGCUUCCAGCUGCAGGUCAGCCUGAGCGCGCACCAGCGCAGCUGCGGGCUGCCAGACGGCGCGGGCCCCGGGGCAGGAACGGCGGGCGGCAGCACGCGGGACAGCAGCGCCCUGCGGUGCGGGGAGUGCGGCCGCUGCUUCACGCGCCCCGCGCACCUCAUCCGCCACCGCAUGCUGCACACGGGAGAGCGCCCCUUCCCCUGCACCGAGUGCGAGAAGCGCUUCACCGAGCGCUCCAAGCUCAUCGACCACUACCGAACGCACACGGGCGUGCGGCCCUUCACCUGCACCGUGUGCGGCAAGAGCUUCAUCCGCAAGGACCACCUCCGCAAGCACCAGCGCAACCACGCGGCGGGGGCCAAGGCGCCGGCCCGCGGCCAGCCGCUCCCGCCGCUGCCUGCCGCGCCCCCGGACCCCUUCAAGAGUCCCGCCUCCAAAGGACCCUUGGCCUCCACAGACCUGGUGACCGACUGGACUUGCGGCCUCAGCGUGCUGGGACCCACUGACGGCGGGGACCUGUGAGCGCCCCGGCCGCGCGUGUACGAAGCCCGGUUUGCGGACAGCAGGGUGGCCUCGGGAGCCCGGAGGCGGAAACGGAGACUGGGGAACCCAAUUUCCAAGUUGCCAAACUGAUCACUGGAAAAAGAGAAACUAUCAAACAAUGCAGCUUACACCUCUAAACAAAGUAGAAUUCUCUGAUUGUGAAAUAUGAGCACCGUAGAAUUUUAAGUAAUUUAAUUGCAAACCUGGUUUUGGUUUUUUGUUGUUUUUUUUUUUUUUUAUCCUCGAGGAAAAAGCUGGAAAAUAGUAGUAGUGCCAGUUUAAAUUUGGUAGCACACUUUCGGUUUUCAGGGCGUGCGUUUCUGUUGCUGUGUUUCACCGAGUCUCGUCGUGAGUGUGUUGGAAGGUUGGCCAGCCGAGGCGCCCCGGACCCCCCGACCCCUGGGGAUCGGGUCCUGCCCCCCACUCAAUCCUGUGGGCGGUGCGCCGGGACCCUGCGCUGUCCACGCGGGCUGAUCUGGGCCUGGAGCGCCAAGCCCUGGGCAGUGAGGCCACGCGGUGCCCGGAGCCAUCUCAGCGCAGCAGCAAAGACCGUCCGGGAGCAGCAGUUCCGUUCCCCAGCUUGCCUCCAUCCGAAAAGGCCCCCCAAAAGUGCUGGCCCCAACUCUUCCCUAUUCGGGCCACCUGCAGUACCAGUACCUCUCCAAAGGGAACUUGGCAGUGUCCCCUGCUGUGUGACUCCCGGCCUCGCGAGGGAGGGUUGUCAGAAACCAUAGUGUUAGGUCUGGAGAGGAGAAGAAACCGAGGCUCAGGGAGCUGAACCCUCAAACAUCUAGUCACCCGCGGAGCGGGAGCGAAGCCCGGCCUGCCCACCCCACCCGGGGCUGCGUCCCACUCGCACAAGAUACCUGUUUCCUGUCGCCUCUGCGCAGCGACUUGUUAUUUUCAAAACACUUCCGCCUCGCCUCUCAUGUGAUCGUUACUGUGACUUUGGGAAGCAGCGGGGCAGGGAUUUCUUUUGAGAGAUGAGGAAAUAAACCGCUCCACGGGACACACCUCAGCCUCUCGCUGCGGGUACACAGUUGGCGCGCCGGGAGCUGGGGAGAGCCCGGGUGAGAGACAGCUCAUUCUCCCGGAACAUCGGUUUGGGGGAGAAAAGCUUUUUUGCCCUCUUAAAAGAUUUGGCCUAAGUCAGAUCAUCAGAGGAACUCUCGCUUAUAGCAGCUGCUCCUGCUGCGCACCAGCCUCCUGUGCAUGUGAGCCCGGUCGUCCGCUGGGCAUUCCAGAAAGCACAGCCCCGGAGGCCGGGUGACGGACAGCGGCCUCCUCCUCCUUGCGUCUGGUAUCUUAAAGGUGGGCCCGGAUGUCUUGGUUCUGCCGCAGUGCUGUCCCGACCACACAAACAUCCAUUCCUGUUCUGUUGAAGCAGCCCCUGGUCCCCUUGCCCAAAACGGGCAACUUGUCCUGCCUGCGCAGGGGGAGGCCAUGGCUGCUGUCCGUUCAGCUCCCUCAUGCAUACUUCUAUUAGGCAAUAGACUAGGUAAGAAAAUUGUUUCUAUGUACUGUAUAUUUUGUACCUGUUUACACUGCUAAUAUUGAUAUAACUGAUAUUUUGAAAAACAAAUAAACAGAAAACAUCCUGUUAAAAUAAAACCUAACCAGCACCAAG